AUGGGGAAUUUUUAUGAGAUUCUGAACCGUUACAGCGGCGACAUCAUGGUGCUGAACUACGAAAACUUCCUCCAGAAUCCGCUUCCGGUGAUAAAGAGAAAGCCGAACCUGGACCGACUGAAGAAAAAUGCCAUUUACCAUGCUACGAAAAGUGCCUCAGAAGCUGGCGCCGCUGGGAGUGCCGAUGCGCCGGACUCGAUCGUCCGCGUGCUCAACAACCGACAGUUUGGUCUCGGCGAGCGACACGGACCGUUCAUGCGGAGCACCGUUUGCCGUAUCAACAACCACUUUCGACCGAACGCGUUCGUCGAUACCGUGCAGAAGUGCGACAUGAAGGUGUUCUGCGGCAAGUUCACGGGCGACGGGAAUCAGUUCAUCACCGCCAGCCAGGACACCAUGAUACGGGUGUACGACUCGUCCCAGUGCCAGUAUCGGCUGCAGCGCACGAUGGAAGCGAAGCACGUGUCGUGGUCAAUACUCGACGUUGAUUUCAGCCCCGACGGCCAAUCGUUCGUUUACAGUACCUGGGCCGAUGCAGUGUUCGUCGCAAGUCUGGACAAUCUAUCAUCGGAUGGCAUACAGUGUUUGUACCUAAACUCGGAGAGUCAGAAGCUGGGCGUGUUUAGUGUGUGCUACUCGAGUUGCGGCAAGCACAUUCUGUGCGGCGCCAACUAUGGUUACAUGUUUGCGUACGACCUUAACACCGCCUGCUGCACGCUGAAGGCACCGAUCUCGACGGAGCGGCCAGACGUGAACGCGGUCGGCUUUGUUGAUGAGUCGUCGAACAUAUUUUUCAGCGGCAGUGAUCAUGGCAUCAUCAAGCUUUGGGACCGGCGAUGCAUGAACGAGUCCAAUCCGGAGGCGGUCGGUAAAUUGGUUGGCCACAGUGAUGGUAUUACCUUCAUCGAUUCCCGCAACGAUGGGCGCUACAUCAUCUCGAACUCAAAAGACCAGAGCAUCAAACUGUGGGAUCUUCGUCACAUGUCGCCGUCUACCACCCGCCGGAACAUGCACUACCGCAACUGGGACUACCGAUGGGACGACGUACCGAAGCGAUUCUUUAACGCACCAAGAACUCUAUCCGGCGACACCAGCAUUGUGACGUUCCGCGGGCAUAAGGUUCAAAAGAGCU